UUUUUAUAUAUAUUUGUAUUAUGAUGUGUUAUGAUCUGGUAACAUAAAUAUAUAAAGCAUUGUUGAUCUAUUUUAAUUCUAAUAUCCCGACAAGAGACCAUGGAAGAGGUGCUUCCAUGGAGAAAUUAGUAAGCAAUCAAGCUCUCAUAUAUGUGGCACAUCUAACAGUUCCAACUUCUCAGGAAAUAGUCAUCAACGCAAACCUGGGAUGUGCUUGUUGUCGAGAAAGACUUCACAGAAUUAUGAUGAGAAUCACAGGGUUAAGAGAGUAUAAGGUGGAUGUUAGAAAUAGCCAAGUGAUCAUGAGAGGGAAUUUGAAUGUUUACGAGACUUUGAAGAACAAAACACGGAAAACACAUUCGUUAAGACGGAGUUUAGUUCGCUGGAUUACACAAAAUUUCAAUUGAUGUUGCUAAGUUCGAUCAUAUGAGUUAGAGUUUAACACUAUUGUUGCAAAG